GCCCCAGGUCUGCCCCUUCCUCCGCAGUCUCGGGAGAAGCCCCGGUACGGUGGUAGCACAUUCCCCUCCACAUCCACACACACACACACACACACACACACACUUCACUCUACUCCAGCCAUGGCUCUGCAGCAGCGCCUGAUGCAGCUCCUGCUGCUCAUCACACUCUUCUCCGUGUGUAGUCCUGCAGACAGUACCGGCGAUGAGAACCUGUUAAAAAGGCUCCUGAAGAAGAGAGACGUUGCUGAGCCGCCAAAGUCCCCAUCAUCCGUCGCCGUGGCACCAGCCAAGGCCAAGGAGUUCCUGGCAUCGUUACGGAGAGCCAAGAGGAACAUUUGGGACCGCAGCAGGCCAGACGUGCAGCAGUGGAUCAUGCAGUUUAUGUACAUGGGCUAUGAUGAGGCAAGGCUGGAGACGGACCUCUCUUACUGGAUGGACCAGUCCAGGUCCAGGGACCACACCCAGCAGCACCAUUACGACGAGAACUCCCCAACGGGACACCAUGACCCUCGCUCGUACCGAUACGGCGCCAACGUCAAUUAUGACUACUAUUAAUCUGCCUUCGGUUUCAACCCAGAGGGGAAGUCCACUCCUCAUUAGUGCCCUACAGUAGUGGGAACCAAAGUGAUAUGACCAAUGCUGUACUGCUGAUGUCCAAGUUCAUCUAUUCAGCCUGUUGCUACUGUGCUAGACACAUACCAUUUACUAGAUAAUCCAAUCCUCAGGAUUUCAGUCUGCCUUGAGGCUUACCGGUGCCUCUUCAACUGGACUGUAUGUAUGAGCAAAUAUAUGAUGGGAAACAUGUACUAUAUUCUACACACACAACUGAAUGUAUUAAA